GGUGUAAGACAGAGAGAGAGAAGGGAAAAUGUGAUGAUGUAGAUGACAAGAAUGCAGGAGAGGGAUUGAAUAGCACUGACAGAUUACUGCUAGUGAUAGAUGGUAUACUGCUCUCCACCGCAGCAUCUGCUCAACACUGGAAUGGAGAAACGGUGGGGUCUUUAGGAGUUGAUAAUGAGUUGACUGUAGAGAGUGUUCUCACAGUGCCUCUCCUCCCCACCACACAAAGGGAAGUGAAAGAAACCAAAGGGUAUUUCCACUGAACCUCCAUCUGCUCCAACAAGCCCCAUUUAUCAGCGCAGCAUCUACUGGUGUCCCAAGUCAUGUCGGAGGCACCAGGGGUCAUCCAAAACAUGGGGCUCUCCGGUGAGACUCAUGCCCAGGAGCAGGCACCCGCGCAGGGUGACGCCACCGAGGUGGAGUGCCCCAUAUGCUACCAGGAGUACAACCAGUGUGGCAAGUGCCCCCGGAUGCUGGAGUGCUUGCACGUCUUCUGCACCGAGUGCCUGCAGCAGAUCCAACUGUCUUCCUCCCCCUGCUCCCAAGAGCCGGACGCCACCCCAUCUAUCUCUUGCCCGCUCUGCCGCCACAAGACCCCCCUGAAGGCCGGCGAUGCCCUCUCCUUGCCCCCCAACUCGAGCAUCCUGUCCCGCCUACAGCCCGUGUCCUUCUGCGUGGCCCAGCGGGUGGUGGUGUCGCUGGAGCAGCGUGACGCCCGCUUCAUCAUCCUCCCCACGGUCAGCCUGCGGGUCGAGCAGAUGACCGAGGAGGAGGAGGAGAGGUCAAGGAGGGCCGGGGAGCUGAGGCCGCUGCGCGUGGGCAGUGGGCAGCAGCGCCGGACCCUGCUUUGUGUCCAGAUGCUGGCCGUGGUCUUCUGGGUCGUCUUUGUGCUGACCUGUGUGAUCGCCGUGGUGUUUGGACCCAGCCUUUUCCACAUCCGACAGCCAGGAGGAAAGUAAUCCUCCGAGUCAGAGAACCCUCAAUACCAUGCUGCGACAACACCCUGACAAUGACCCGAAAGUUGCGACUGAUUCUAAGGUCAUGCUCCGUGAGCACCAAUGGGCUAGAGCGCGAGAGACACCCACUUCAUUGACCCUGACAGUGGGGUAGCCUCAAGCCUCGAUAUGUAAUGUAUCUUUUGACAUAGUACAGUUUUCAUGAGUGCCCAAGAUUGUUAGUGUAGCCUAAUGCCUAAUACUAAACUGUAACAUUAAUGUGUAGCUUCAUUGAACCACUGAUCAUGAAUUCUCUGUAAAUCAUGUGCAAGUGGCAAAGCAAGAUGGAUGUUCUGUUUCAAGUUCAUUUACUUUGAAAUUAUUGGGAAAACGAAACACACUAACAACAUCUAGUCUACUGGAAUUGACACAUGACAGGAAGCCAUGUUGACCUGGAUGACAUUGGCCACGUUUCCCGAAUUGUUCAGUUCAUCCAUGUAUGCUACAGGAAGCUGGACCUAAGAGUUUCUCCCUAAGAGGAUGUGUACCACGGACCUCACAUGCUUCAUUGGCUAAUGAUAAACUGUCUCAAUAAAGAGAGGAACAUGGCCACCCAAAUGUU